AAAACGCCUGGUUGUUGUUUCUCCGGGCAAAAGGAGGAAGAAGUUGUUCACCCCGCGUUGCCGGAGGUUUGCGAUCACCGAGAGCGGAUAACAGACUCCAGAGUCAGAGGAAGCUCCACUUUCUCCUGUGACCAGACGACGAUCGGUAAAAAAAAAAAAAAUCUGAAUGGAAAGCGAGUGAGUGGGUUGAAAGCCGGUCAGGAUAUAAACCUACACCAUCACCUUGUGUGUGGCACAGCGCGGUGAAACUCCUCGAGCCAGCGUGCAACACCGCUGCACUGGAUUGUGUUGGGAGCAAACAAGGGAAUGACAUAAACAUACCCAGAGAUGGUUUACAACCCGCGGGGACCUUCAGAGACACUACUAGUACUACUGCUGCUGCUGCUGCUGCUGCUGUGAACUUUUAUGUGCUAAAAAAGGGAAUUACAAAAAGUGCUUUUUCUUCAUCUUCAUCUUCUGCGUCUUCUUCUCACAACCAUCAAACGGAUUAACCAUGCCGGACCAAAUCACAGUUACAGAGUUUGUGGCAGAGACGAAUGAAGAUUAUAAAUCACCGACUGCCUCUAACUUCACCACCAGGAUGUCCCACUGCAGGAACACAGUGUCUGCUCUGGAGGAGGCUCUGGAUGUGGACCGAAGUGUUCUGUACAAGAUGAAGAAGUCUGUGAAGGCCAUCUACACGUCUGGUCUAGCCCAUGUAGAGAAUGAGGAGCAGUACACUCAGGCCCUGGAGAAGUUUGGAGAAAACUGUGUGUACAGAGAUGAUCCUGAUCUGGGUUCAGCUUUCCUCAAGUUCUCCGUCUUCACCAAGGAGCUCACUGCGCUCUUCAAGAACCUGUUCCAAAACAUGAACAACAUCAUCACCUUUCCUCUGGACAGCCUGCUGAAAGGAGACCUGAAGGGAGUCAAAGGGGAUCUGAAAAAGCCUUUCGACAAAGCCUGGAAGGACUACGAAACAAAAGCCACCAAGAUAGAGAAGGAGAAGAAGGAGCACGCGAGGCAGCACGGGAUGAUCAGGACGGAAAUCAGUGGGGCAGAAAUCGCCGAGGAGAUGGAGAAGGAGAGGAGAUUCUUCCAGCUGCAGAUGUGUGAGUAUCUCCUCAAAGUCAAUGAGAUCAAAAUCAAGAAAGGGGUGGACCUGCUGCAGAACCUCAUCAAGUACUUCCACGCUCAGUGCAAUUUCUUUCAGGAUGGCCUGAAAGCUGUGGACAACCUGAAACCCUCCAUAGAGAAACUGGCCACUGAUCUGCACACGAUAAAGCAGGUGCAGGACGAGGAGAGGAAGCAGCUGACUCAGUUACGAGACGUCCUCAAGACGGCGCUGCAGGUGGAGCAGAAAGAGUCCAGGAGAGAUUCGCAGGUGCGGCAGAGCACCACCUACAGCCUGCACCAACCACGGGGGAACAAGGAGCACGGCACGGAGCGCAGCGGGUACCUUUUCAAGAAAAGUGACGGCUUGAGGAAAGUGUGGCAGAAGAGAAAGUGCACAGCGAAGAACGGAUACCUCACCAUCUCACACGGCACAGCUAACCGGCCUCCGGCUAAACUCAACCUGCUCACCUGCCAGGUGAAACACAAUCCUGAAGAGAAGAGAAGCUUUGACCUCAUAUCCCAUGACAGAACGUAUCAUUUUCAGGCCGAGGACGACCAGGACUGUCAGAUCUGGAUCUCGGUGCUACAGAACAGUAAGGAGGAGGCGUUGAAUCAGGCCUUCAAAGGGGACCAGCAUGUCGGCGAGAACAACAUCGUGCAGGAGUUGACCAAGGCAAUCCUAGGAGAGGUCAAGAGGAUGACGGGAAAUGACGUGUGCUGCGACUGCGGAGCACCCAACCCAACGUGGCUGUCCACCAACCUGGGCAUCCUCACCUGCAUUGAAUGUUCAGGGAUCCACAGGGAGCUUGGAGUCCACUACUCCAGGAUCCAGUCCCUCACUCUGGACGUACUCAGCACCUCAGAGCUCUUGCUGGCCAAGAAUGUGGGGAAUGCAGGCUUUAAUGAAAUCAUGGAGGCUUGUUUAAGUGCUGAAAAUGUGGUGAAACCCAACCCAGGCAGUGACAUGCAGGCGAGGAAAGACUUCAUCACAGCCAAAUACACGGAGAAACGUUUCGCUCGGAAGAAGUGUCCCGAUGCGACGUCGCGGCUCCACACGUUGUGCGACGCAGUGAAGGCCCGGGACAUCUUCUCCCUCAUCCAGGUCUACGCCGAGGGAGUCGACCUCAUGGAGCCCAUACCUCUGGCCAACGGACACGAACAAGGGGAGACAGCCCUUCAUCUCGCAGUCAGGCUGGUGGAUAGAACGUCACUUCACAUCGUCGACUUCCUCACUCAGAACAGUUUGAAUUUGGACAAGCAGACGGCCAAAGGCAGCUCAGCGCUGCACUACUGCUGCCUGACCGACAACAGCGAGUGUCUGAAACUGCUGCUGCGGGGGAAGGCCUCAAUAGAGAUCGCUAAUGAGGCCGGGGAGACACCGCUGGAUAUCGCCCGGAGGCUCAAACACCUACAGUGUGAAGAGCUGUUGAACCAAGCACUGGCGGGGAAAUUCAACGCCCACGUCCAUGUUGAAUAUGAAUGGUGCCUGCAGCAUGAAGACUUGGAUGAAAGUGACGAAGAUCUGGAUGAGAAGCCCAGCCCUCAUCGCAGAGACGAGCGUCCGGUCAGCUGUUACACCCCGAGCAGUAACUCUCACCUGCAGACCAGUCUGGGCUCUGCGGGCCGCGAUGCCGUCGGCCUCGCCAAGGACAAGCAGCGUGCCUACAUGCCCAGCCUGGUCAACAACGAGACCUAUGGCACCAUCCUCAACGCCACCCCGCCUCAGUCUGCCACCAUCUCUGCUCCGCCCCUGCCCCCGAGGAACCUGGUCCAGUUAUCCGGCCUCGGGGGGAUCAGUCAGUCUUCAGCGUCAAGCAGCUGGAAGCCCGGUUCUUCUUUAGACCUGGUUGGCCGUCAGAGGUCGUCGUCAGACCCCCCCAACAUGCACCCUCCUAUCCCGCCCUUGAGACUCACUUCAACUGGAGGUCUGGGUCCUCCUGUGGCCAAGAUGGAGUCCAUGAGCAUGCAGUCCAAGUCGAGCCAGGGACCACUGGGCUCCAGAGCAGUGCCGCCUAAAUCUCCUGCGGGCAAUGAUAAAAGCUUCAACCGACCUCUGAAUCGAACGGUAUCUAUUGAAAGACCGGCUAAGGAAGUGCCAGGAUGCCCCCAGAACUCCAUAGGUCAGUCUCUGCCUCCAGGCCCCUCGCAGAGGAAAAUCUACCCAAAGCAGAGGCCGAAGCGAGUGAAAGCGAUCUACAACUGUGUCGCCGACAACCCGGACGAGCUGACCUUCUCUGAGGGCGAGGUGAUCGUGGUGGAUGGAGAGGAGGACCAGGAGUGGUGGAUGGGCCACAUCGAAGGCGAUCCGAUUAGAAGGGGAGCCUUCCCUGUUACAUUUGUACACUUCAUUGCUGACUGAACGGUUCCUCUCUGGGUCUCGGGAAGUGUCGCAGGGUGCGGCGUCCCUCCUUCACCCGUCUCUCUUCAGCCAGCAAACAUCCACCAUCGUCCCACUGUUUGUUGUUGACAUCAUCAUCCUCAUCGUCAUCAUCAGCGAGCUUCUUAAAGUGUCACUGCCGUGUCGUCCCCUCGGCUGCAACAUCUGGAAGUCGCUGCUUGCUGCUCGGCCUCGUGGGACUGCGUGUGCGUUUUAAUGCUUGCUGUUCAUGUUCUGACAAAAGACUGUAAUAUUUACAAACAAUGAUUGUAGUCUAUGACCUCUCGCAAUAAAUGCACUUCGCUUGUCUUUAUCCUUGUUACGGCAUAAGAUGACAUGUGACAUAAUGAAGGUUCAUUUGUACAGUAUUCACAUCCUCCAUUUUCUGUUUAGCUGCAUUGUACAGUUAGUACUGCGAAGGCUACUGCAAUGUAUUUUAACUUUUCGAACAAAUGUAAAUGUGAACAUAGGCAACAUGCUAACAUUCCACCUCUGUGCAUGAGCGAUUCUUAAAUGCCUAACUGCUUAUAGGUGCGACCUUUCAACUCUGUAGUAGGCCUCCUGUAGGGAGGUUUCUCUAAUGGUGCUAAGUUAACCCCGGAAUAUGCUAGAAGUUGCCCUCGAGGGAUCGCUUCCCUGUCCCCGUUUCAAAGACGGACUGGCAUUGAAAAAUACCCUCGGACUCACCACACCUGGGAGAAGUCACCUUCUCAUGGGUGUGUAGAUGGAUGGAGCAGCUUCUCCACGCACACACACACUUCCUGUACUGCUUCAUUGGAGAGGAUAAUAUUCUACAGCAACACUCUAGUUCUUCUCCCCGUAGUGUUUUAAGUGUAAUGCUGACACGGACUUGAGCGGCAGCAGCCAGUAAUUACCUUUAGGCCGAGUCUGACACCUCGGGCUGUCUUUGCCUGUCAUCUGCCUUAUUAGAGGAACAGGAAGUAUCUCGUCUGCACAGAAUAAGCUGAGGAUGAAAUAUUGAAGUAAGAGAAACUAAAAAGGGUGUGGGAAUGUUAUGAGAAGCAGGAGUUGGUUCUCUGACUUGUGUUGCUUCUUCUUGCCUUUGAGAGCACUCGGACUCCGACAGGUGUUUUUUUUUGUUGUUUGCAAAUGAGCUGAAUUAUCUUUGACUCUAUACAGAGAAAGAAAUAUCCUUCCUACAGCUUAAGCCUCUCAUAUCUGUACAUCUCUGGGGUCCCAUAAUGUAGAAAGAUGGAUUUAUCAAUUGUGUUACGAGAUAAAUAUCAAACAUUCGAUGUAAUUAACUUCCUUUUGGUUGCAAAGCAACUUUCUCUCUGUUCAUAAUGUUGAUAUUUAAGCAUUUAACCUGAAACCAGAGCCUUCCUUGGAUUUGUGAAUGACGAGAAGCAUGUGAAUCGUAGCUGAUGCACUCUUCAUCAUGUUUAAUAUGAACUCACUGGAAACAGGAAGAUUUAAUUAUCUAUUUGUGUAAAUAGUUCUGAUUUUGUUGAUAUUUAUAUGUAAAAAGAAGAGUUAACCUGGGCACUAAAUGUCUUUUAAUGGUCUGUGGUGAGUAGUUACAGUCUCAGCUGGACCUGUGUGUGUGUGUGUGUACUUGUGAUUUCAGCACACACACACAACUGGGACAAUAAACGUAAUUCAUUCACAUUAACUGUCUGGAUUACUGCAUCGACUCUUCACUCUAUUGUGCAAACAAAUGGGAAAAUGAAACUGGAAUAAUAAAAGAUGAAAUAAUA